GGGGUGGACGUCCACAGGAGAGCUUGCAGUUGCACUUCUAAUUUCCCUCCGUUGUUGCUCUCCAAACUCUUUUCAAUGGAGGUCUCUCGAACAACCUCAACCCCCAUGAAAACCCCAGAAUUCCCUCCCAAAACUUAACUUCUUAUUCAAAAACUGAAACCCAUCUUCAUAUCAUUUCCAAGAAGAACAUCCUCAAAAACCCAGAAACUUAAACAAACUCACAUUUCCACUUAACAUGAAAUCUUUUGGGGGUUAAUCAUCACCUUUUUGCUAUAAUUCUUUUUUCUUUGCCAUUUUUUCUCACUCCUGGCUUCAAAUUUCUCAUAAACUUACCCACAUUUUACUUAAAAUUCAUACCCAUUCUUUCCUUCCCCUGUUUUUUCAAAAAUAUCAACACUGCGUUCUUGUUCUUGAGAAACCUAACAAUGGAGGCUGAAAAACAUGGCAGUAAAACUAUUAGGCCUCCAUUUUCUCUAGAUUUUCCAGAGAAUUGUGGGAUUUCAAACUCAUCUUAUAAGGGUUUUUCUGGUAUGAACUCAUUUCAUUAUUGUAGAAGAGAUUUUCCACCUGGGUGUGGUCCAAAUGCGCAAAAAACCACCCAAAAUUUCUUAGAAAAUGUGUCAGAAAGUAGGAAAAAUUCUGGGUUUAGUAGUGAUUCUGUUACUUGGAGGCGCAAUGUUGCUGCUGUGAAAGGUAAGAUUCCUAUAGUAGUGAGUAAUGUAAAGAAAAAUGAGCCUAAUUUCAAAGAAUCUAGUGAGAGAAAACUAGGAGAGAGAGAAAAUGUGGUUGAAAUGAACAAGGUUCAGACAGUUAAGAAAAAGGAGCCAAUAUUGAAGAAUUCUGGGGAGAGGGACAAAGUGCUUGAAAUGCUGAACUUGUUUAGGAAAAGGUGUAGAGAAAUCUCACAAAGUGGUAGAGGAAUUAGGAGGAUUGAUACAACAGCGUAUGCUGAAUUGAAAAGAGAAGGAAAACUAAUGAGCCGGUCUGCGGAGGUUUUUGGGUCUGUGCCUGGGGUAGAGGUGGGGGAUAAGUUCCAUUACAGGAUCGAGUUGUCGUUUGUCGGAUUGCAUAAGCAUUUCGAGCGUGGAAUUGAUAGUAUGGAGUGGGGUGGGAGUAGGGUGGCUACUUGUAUUGUAGCUAGUGAAAGGCAUUUGGACAAGAUGAAUGAUCCCAAUGCCUUGAUAUACAUUGGGGAAGGAGGUGCACUCAAGAGAAAUCAAGUUGGGAUUCCUCCUGAUCAGGAGCUUAAGGCUGGAAAUCGCGCUUUGUGGAAUAGUAUGAAGGAGAAAAAGGAAGUUAGAGUGGUUAGGGGGCUCACAUCUGAGAGGUUCUAUGGUCAUAAGGUACUGUAUGUGUAUGAUGGGUUGUAUGAGGUGAAGAGUUGUGAGAAGAAAAAGGGGCCACAAGGGAAUAUGAUCUUCCAAUUUCAGCUGACAAGAUGCACUGGACAGCCUGCAGUUCCGUGGCAAGUGUGUAGGCGGUAUCAGUUUUGAGGUUUUGGAUUAUGUGUUCUUUUUCCUGUGCAGAUAAGGUCUUGCUAUGCUUUAAUUGUCUCUUUACUUUCUUUAGUUCAUUUAGGAAGAUGUUAGUUCCUCUGAUUCUAGCUUGUAGUUGCUUAAUAUGGCCUAGAGUGUGUGAUUCGGGAAAUAUUUUUGUAGUGAUUAAGUUUUCACACUUGCUGAAUUGAAGAUUGUUUGUAAGAGCGCAUAUAGAUAUAGGUUUAUAUGGAAGCUAGUAGCCUAGUAGGUUAUGUGAUUUAUGUGAAGACUGAAAUAUGUCACUUGUAGAGAUAGUUGCAAUACAAUGAAUGAAUACAUGGUGCUGGUUCUCUAUUUGUUGUUUCUACUCUUCAACUUCUGAGAUCCAUGUGUAAGCUUUGGAUCCUUUUCGCUGUUCAGACUUCAGUUCCUUUCAUUAUUUAUUUGGAUUGCAGGGUAAGAGAAAGGUUUGGGGAGGGGGGGGGGGAGGGUUUCUAAAUAGCUUUUGCUUGAAUAGGUUUGGAGGCAACGACGUUACUUGGAAGCAACGACGUUACUUGGAAGCAUAGGAUAAGAAAUGGGCUGCGCUUUAGCAAGAAUCAUAUUGGCCAUCAUCUAUCGUGCAGAUGGAAGUGGGAGCCUGAAUUCUGUCUGCCGCAGCAUCAAUCUUCUUCAAACUCUUACCCUUGACGUCUUCUCAUAAUUCUCCCUCUUCAAUCACAUUAAGCUGCUCAGCGAGGACUAAAUAAUUUCAGCAACACAUGGAAGGAGGCCAGGCUUCUCGAUUCAGAGGUGUUAUUUCAAGGAGGACUGGGAAAUGGGAGGCUCAAAUCACUGUGGACAGAAAGCGAUUGUGGCUCGGAACCUAUGAAACGGAGGUAGAUGCUGCCAUUGCUUAUGACAGAGCCAGUCUAAAGCUUCUUAGGUUUUCCUCACUUAAUUUCCCAUUCACCGUCAGAACUCCUCUAGAGAUGCAGUUUCAAAGCAUGUAUCCUUUUGAAACAAUCAUAUCCAUGAUAAAAAAUGGAACUUAUGCGUAUUUCUUGGGAUAUAAGGCUAAUCUUGCCAGAAGUUUUCUUCCUGGUGUUAGAAGUGGUCAGCGGAGAAUAGUCAAUGCUGGAAUUGGUGGUGGCCCUCGCAAUGAGGUUCAUGAACCAGUUAUGUUGUUCGGUGCUCGAAUUGGUUAAAGAUCCCAAACUAAUCCUGGUCCAAAAACGAUCCUCUAAAUCUUUUUUUUCCAGCUUAUGUCAUGAUGCUUUUAAUGAUAUUUGGUGUUUUAUAUGUCAGAUUGUCGAAUAAGAUGUUUUCCCAUGUAUGAAUGUUUGCAUUCAUGACAAUUAUCCAAUGAAAGACUUCCUGCUUAA